GUCGCCGUCGCCGUCGCCGUCGCCGGCGGUCAAUUCAUCUGCAGGUCGCUUCACACGUUCUCCGUCUCCACCGGUUUCCCGUCAUUUUAUUGCUCCGACAUGCCUCGUCGCGCCCAUCCAUGCGAUUCUCGUGUGCCUCCUUGCUCGUCUCCGGCCUCCGCGAUACACGAUCUGUCUUCCGCCGCUCCGGUUCCCGUGCCCCCGCUUCUCAGGCCACGAUUCCUCGCCUCCAGCGAGCUGUCCAGUCUCCUAUCGCCUUCGCACUACCCCUUGGCGGCCGUGACGCCGUCGGGGAGGUGCUCGGACCACUCGUCGCCGGCGAGCCUCGGGCUCCGCUUCUCGCGUCGCUGCCAGACCAUGCUCUUCCUUGCUUGAUUGCGAGUUCGUGACGCGCUGAUCCGCUGCGCGGCCGCCGUUGUCUCGUCCACUGGCGCUCGGGUACACGGGCGUGGCCCUCGCGUGCGCCUCGGCAACGACUCCGCCAAGCGAGGGACUAUGGUCUUUUCAAAAGUAAACAAUGUUCAUGCAAAGCUUGCAGAGUUUAUGAAGAAUUUCAAAAAACAAAAAAUAGUAAAGUUUCUGAAGAAUUGUUGGCGUCAACACCCAGCUCAAAGGAAUAGACUUCUAUGAGAUAUUAGAGACUCGUCAGAAUAGCAGGCCUGCAGGGGAGGUUUGUGUAGAGAUCUAGCUCGCAAAGGGAUUGAAAUUUUAUCUUCUUGUCAGCCAAUGGACAGGUUGACUGAACAAGUGAACAUGAGAGAAAUCCCAAUGAGGAAAAGGAUUCUGGAGGGAGGAGACACUGAAAUGGUGCAGAUCACACACUUUAAUCAAUUGGAUGUGUCUGAGGUUCUGAGAAUGAUCAGAAUCAGUUCCUUGGUAUCACAGGCUGUGGCACCACUAAACUAUGAUUUAGACCUGCUGGAGCUGACUAAAGUGGCCAUUUAUAAGCUGCCCUCCAUGUCCACCAGCUAUUGUCAUAAUUAUCCAUUUGGCACCGAAGUAGGGUGCCAUGGCACAUCGACUUGGUCAAAGAAGUGGCAAUAGUGCAGAGUUGAACGGAGGGCAAACUCACAAUGGGCAAAUCAAGAGAGGGCAACCAUACAAUUGCCCCAAACAAAAUUCUUGUAAAUUGUCAAUUUUUUCUAGCGGGUUGUUCAUAUGGUUUUGACCAACUUUUUAACUUUUUAAGGAAUGUUUUGAUCAUCUUCCUAUGUGCUGUCUACAAAUUCAAGCACCCUGCAAUCUUUCUGGGCAUGCUAUUAAUUGUGCUGUUUGUAAUACUCAUGUUAUGUUAUUCUUUAAUAUUUGUUUUCUUUCUAAGAAGGACAAGAUUGGUAUACCCUAAUGCUGAACAUGGCACCUGCAUGCUCAACUGUACUCUGAACAAAGAUGAGUAAAAGUUGCCAGCUCUCUUGUGCCUAGAUUUUGUACAUACGCUUCAGUCUGUGAGAACAGAUAUUCUUAACAUAUUUUUGUAUUGACAUGAAAGGAUAAUCAUCCAUCCUGGUGGAUCUGUUGUGGUAGUCUAAGAGGUAUGCUUUGAUGCUAAACUUGCACUAUUAGCAUUACUUUUUCACUCCUGUAGCAGUUCUUUCCCUUUGAUGAAAGGUCCAAGGAAUGAAUAAAGUAAAUUGAUGCUACAGAAGAGUGCAUGCCAUAGCUUCAAAGUUAACUGCUGUCCAGUUAGGUUUUGUUUGCUUUCGCUUUUCUCUUUUUGGUGUUUUCUUCCUCCAUUAGUUUCCUUUCUUGGUUGCCACUUUAAGCAUCUUCUCUUUGCUUGAUGAGAGAGGCAGGGAGCCUAGUAUAUCUGACAUUGAUAGAGUUAUACAUUUAAGUUCACACCAUUUCAGCAUUGGUAACCUAUGUUCAUGGCAUCAUGGUAGGGCUUGGUACUGGAGCACCUAUUGUGCAGGUGUAUCAUGAGAAAUCUAUUAUCUUACCUGAUGUGUCAAGGGUUCUUGCAUGCCUCUACGAGAAGGAUAUCAAGUUUGAAACUCACACAGCCUCUUACAAGAGCCUACUCAGACUGCAGGCAUCGUCACAAGCUCCAGUUCCAUUCUAUGACGGGCCUACAUUUCUAGAAGAAUCCAGAGGAAUCUGCCGCUACAUAGCAGAAAAAUAUGAACACCAAGGAUAUCCAUUCCUCCUUGGGAAGGAUGCCUUGGAGAGGGCUUCGGUUGAGCAAUGGCUCCACAAUGAGGAGCAUGCUUUCAACCCUCCAAGCCGGGCCUUGUACUGCCAUUUGGCCUUUCCCCUGGAUGAAGAAGAUGGUGAUGAUAUUGACAUGCAUACAAGAAAGCUAGAAGAAGUUCUGGAAGUUUACGAGCAAAGGCUCAGUGACAACAGAUUCCUUGCUGGAAACAAGUUCACCCUUGCCGACCUUGUUCACCUGCCAAACUCCCACUACAUCACAGCAUCUGACAAGUUUGUCUACCUGUAUGACUCGAGGAAAAAUGUGAGCAGGUGGUGGGAUGAGAUUUCUAAUCGGAAGUCUUGGCAGCAAGUACUGAGGGAUAUGAGGAGGGUGGAGGAGCAUAACAGGCAAGAGGAACUGAAGCAGCAGCAGCAGCAGCAGCAGAAAGAGCAUCCUAGAACCUCUGGCCACCCAAUUCGGAUAGACUCUAGAAAGCUGAUCGGCACAGAACCUCGCACAAUAUUGGUUCCUCCUGCUGAUACUGUGUCAUCACCUUCCAUAGUUCGUCCCCAUCCUACUGAUACGUUCCCCAGUGAUGCACUGGUUUCCUCUAGCCAAACCACUCCUACCGAUAAAACUUCAGCUGUCCUAAGCAAGGAAACUACAGUCUUUAAUGCCCCUGACGAAAAACCACCAACCUCAGUUGAAAACACUCCUUCCACUUCUAUAAAACAUCCUAUUCCUGUCCAAAGCAUUAAAGAUGAUGCCUUCCCUACCACUGCCAAGAAACCUCCAGAAGCUGAUACUGCCAAGUCCAGCACUAAAGAUGCCUCAAUCCCUCAACCCACUGUAAAAGGCCUCCAUACUAGACAUAAGCCAAGUUCAUCAAAGGAUGGUUCUAAUAACCUUGAUGUGAUUGAUUACUACCCAAGCCAUACUGAUGAAGAAACACCAUACAUUGAACCUACUCCUCGAAGAAAUUCGGAUAUGUUGGAUGCAUUCUCUGGGUCCAACAUUACCGCAGGUCUUACUAAAACCAGUUCAAUAUCAGCCAAAGAGCCUGACCAACCCAGUGUAUCUGAUUUCUACAAGAGUCACAGCAGAGCCACUGGUAUUGAUUCUCAGAACAAAGAAUCAAUUCCAUAUUCUGGUCGUACUGCACCAAAACUUGAACCUGCAGAUACUUCUGGUAGCAAGCUCCAUACAACUGAUGUUAAUCGUAGGCUGCAGGCUGAGCAGUGGCAUACUGCUACAGCUGGAUUAAAUGACCUACCGCAAGAUGCUGAUCAUCUAAUGUCUACUCAACAAGGAAAACCAAGCAAAGAUGUGAAGCAGUACCCAUCACAAGAUUCAGAACAAGCAACCUCACAUCCUGAUCCUGAAGAGCUAACGAACAUGGAACUGGUUCAAAGACAAGAAAAUACAACUCGAAGACCCUAUAAUGACCAGAGAAGUCAAGAAAUUGUUAAGGAUAAAGCAUCUUCUGAUCAGAGAAGUGCAUUACUGCUCCCUUCUGCACAGGAGCAUGAUGCAACUCCAUCAUGGCAAGAAGCAAUUCCAUAUUCUGGUCGUACUGUGCCAAAACUUGAACCUACAGAAACUUCUGGGAGCAAGCUCUAUACAACUGAUGCUCAUCGUAGGCUGCGGGCUGAGCAGUGGCAUACUGCUACAGCCAAAUUAAAUGACCUACAGCAAGAUGCUGAUCAACUGGUGUCUACUCAACAAGAAAAACCAAGCAAAGAUGUGAAGCAGUACCCAUCACAAGAUUCAGAACAAGCAAUCUCACAUCCUGUUUCUGAAGAGCCAAUGAGCAUGGAACUGGUUCAAAGACGAGAAAAUACAACUCAAAGGCCCUAUACUGACCAGAGAAGUCGAGGAAUUGUUGAGGAUAAAGCAUCUUCUGAUCAGAGAAGUGCAUUACUGCUCCCUUCUGUACAAGAGCAUGAUGCAACUCCAUCAUGGCAAGAAGCAGCUAAAGAUGCUCGUGGCAGAAUUCCAUGGCAAGCUGGAUAUCCAGGCGGUCAAGAUACCAACAAGCAACCUAGAGACCCUGCUUCUGUACCAAGGCAAAGAGCAGCUCGAGAUGCUAGAGGUACUUUUGGUGAAUCAAAGGCUGCAGACUCCACUGUACCCAGUGAAAGUUUUCCAGAUGCUUCUGGAUCUUCUCUCCCAAGGCAAGAUUUAGAUGCUGCUCACCACACUACAGCACCAUUUCAAAAGAGAUAUCCUGGAACUGAAGAUACCUCCAAGCAAGCUAAAGACAAAAUUUCUACUCCAUGGCCAAUGGCUGACAAAGAUGCUGAAGAUACCGCUGAAGAAACACAAAUUUCUGACUCUUCAUCAUCCCAAUUGCGACCUUUGUAUUUUCAGAAAGCUGAUGCUCCUCCGUGGAAGCAAGAAAAAACUGAAGAUCAUCAUAUUGGAACUUCAGCAAUCCAAGAAAAACAUGCUAAUGUCAAAGAUACCACUGGAAUAUCUAGGGACAUUGCUUUUAAGCCAAAGCAAACGAUUGGUCAAAAUGAUAAAGACACCUUCAAUGAAACAAAGUCUGGUGGCCCCUCAUUGCUUAGGGACCAACAAACAGACACUUGGCAAGCUGCAUCUACUUUAUCAGAGCAAGAAGUAAACCAAGAUGGUCGUAGUGUGGCUCCACCAUGGCAAACAGGAUAUCCAAGUUCAACUCCUCCAUCGAAAACAAGAUACCAAAUUGCUAAGGAUGCCAGCAAGCAACCAACAGGGGCUGCUCGAACACCUAAGAAGAAAGCAGCCCAAGAUGAUAAAGGAACCUCUGAAGAACCAAAUACUGUUGAUGAACUAGCAUCAACCGAGCAGCCUUCAAGUGCCUGGAGAGCUCCUAUUUCUCCACGAAGACAAGAGGUGGAGAAUUCUUCUAGGAUGAAUACAUCAUUCCAAAAGAGAUAUCCCGAUGAUCAAGACAGCAUGCAAGUUGCCCACAAUGCUUCUGCAUCACAGCAAAUUGCACCUGAUGGUCGUAAAGAUAUCUUUGAAGAAACAAAACCUGCUGACUCUACAACAAGUGCAAAACCUGUGUACACAGAACAAGUUGCUCCUCCUCCAAGGCAAGCAGAAGCUGAAGAUGCUCAGGGCAAAGGCAGACAAAGUAGAGUAACCAUUCCUGAACCACAGGAAAUGGUAGCAAGAAAUGCUCAAGUCACACAUGGAGAAAGGAAGACCACUUCACCUGGAGAGCAAUUUUCAGAUCGUCUGCAAGCUAUUCCUCAAUCAAGGCUGGCAGCUGCAAAAGAUGUCCAGAGUGCAACUGGUGAGACAAGAAAAUUUCCAGAUACUCUUGACACUACCAAGAAAUCUAGAGACACCUUUGAAGAAACCAAAGAUCCUGACUCUACAUUACCCAGAGCACAAUCUUUGGGUGCUGGAGGUGCUCAACGCACCAUUGGAGAAUCUAGAACACCAACUUCUGAUCUAAGGAAGGGUGUUUUAAGACGACUCCAGCCAGAUGCUCAAGAUCCAUUUCAGCAAUCAAAAUUAUCAGCUAUUGAUCAGAAAGACUUGGGUUCAUUAUCAUCGAAGGAAAGAGAUUCAAAAGAUGCUCAGGCCACCAUGCGUGAGGAAAAAUCAAUCUCAGCUGAGAGGCAAAGGGGGAUCAUCAAAAUCGAACCCCAGGGCUCCAUUAAGGUAGAAAAGGCAUCAUCUAUUUACCAGAAACAGCCUCCAGUUGCACAAGACAACCAGGAGCAAGCUCAAAUCACUGAAGCUGUUGAGAAAGCAAAUGGUUCCACACCAAAGCAUCAACAAGCUUCUGAUAUUCUGUAUACUUUCGGUGCAGAAGAGCCGUACAGAAAAGAUACUACCACUGAUCAGAAAUUGGUACCACCUCUGUUGAGCAAAGAACCAACUUCUCAGGUCCAACCUUCCUCUGAAUCAUUACAAGAAGCAGCUUCCCGUGGCAAUUUGUCUACCAAACCAUCCACCAUCGAACAAUGGCAGCGUGCAUCUGCGCCAUUAGAUGAUGCAACUUCUAGUUCUGGUUAUGAUGAGAUUGGCAUGGCUACCAUUGAUCAAAAGCUAACACCAAUGAGCCAAAAAGCUACUCCCAGUUCCGAGGGUGUCAUCCAGAUGGCCAAAGAAUCCGGCGAGCAAAGAGUGGAACCCCAUGUACCAGUAGAAGCAGAAACAUCUGGUGUUCAAAGUGCUUCACCAUCAUUCCCAGGAGCUUCCACAGCACAUCAUGCCACUACUGAUGAUAAGUUUUCUAAGCAGUCAAUUAUUGAUGAAAGAGUUGGAGAACCAACAAAAAUGCAAGCAUCUACUUCAGCACAUAUGGCAGCUCCUGAUGGUCAUUCAGAGCUUGUCAGCAUACCUGAUGGACAAAUAUCAGAGGCUGCAAAACCUAGACAUGAUCAAGCCACACUCCAGGAAGAUGUUCAUGAUGCCAAUUUGCCAAUUCUUGAUGUUGCUAAAGAUGCCUUCACUGAAACAAAGGUUGCUGACUCUACACCAUCUAGUGCAAAACCUAUGUACAGUCAACAACCAGGGCAUGCAGAAGUAGAAGACACCAGGGACAAAGGGACAAAUAGUAGAGAAACUGCUCCUGACCGACAAAAAAUGGUGGAAAGAAGCACAUGUACAGCUGGAGAGCAAUUUUCAGAUCGUCUGAAAGCAAUUCCUCCAUCAAAAUAUAGAGAAGAUACUAUUGAUGACCAGAAAGUGGCACCACCUCCUUUGAGCAGAGAAGUAACUUCCCAAGUCCAACCACCCUCCGAACCAUCACAUGAGGCAGCUCUCCAUGGAGAUUUCUCUAGCAAACCAUCCACCAUUGAUCAAUGGCGACAUGCAUCUGUUCCAUUGCAUGAUGUGACUUCUGGUUCUGGUGAUGAUAAGGUAACCAUGUCCGCUGUUAAUCAGAAGCCAACACCAAUCGGACAGCUAGAAUCUGAUGAGCAAAGAGUGGGACCACCUGUACCAGUAGAAGCAGAAACAUCUGGUGCUCAACGUGCUUCACCAUCAUUUCUAGGAGCACCUGUGGAUGAUCAUGCCACUAUUGGUGAUAAGUUUGCCAAGCAGUCGAUUAUUGGUGAAAGAGUUGGAAAACCAAUACAAAUGCAAAUAUCAAGUCCAGAUACUUAUCCUGCUUCAGAACUUACUAAGAGAGCAACUCCUGAAGGUCAUGAAACUGGUGAUUCUGAUGGCCAAAUAUCAGAAGCAACAAAAGCUAGAGAUCCAGCCACAGUCCAUGAAGAUGUUAAUGAUGUCAAUUUGUCAACUCAUGAUGUGGGUAAAGAUAUCUUCAAGGAAACUAAGGUCGCUGACUCUACACCAUCCAAUUCCAAACCUAUGUACACUCAGCAACCUGCUAUUACUCCAUCAAGGCAAACACAAGUUAAAGAAGCUAGGGACAAAAGCAUGCAAAGUAGAGAAACUAUUCCUGAACAACAAAAAAUGGUGGAAAUGAAGACAGGCAUAUCUGGAGAGCAGUCAUCAGAUUAUAAGAAAGCAAUUCAUCCAUCAAGACAGGUUGCAGCCCCUGAGGAUGCUCCAAAUGGUGAUAGAAUGCAGUUUCCAUACAUUCCUGACAGUUCCAAGAAGUCUAGAGUCACCUUUGAAGAAGCUCUUGGUCCUGGCUCUACAUUACCCAAAGCACAAGCUUUGGAUCCUCAAGAUUCUCAGCUCACGAAAGGAGAAUCUACAAUGCCAACUUCUAACCAAAGGAAGGACUGGGAAGAUGCAAAAGAUGAUGAAACAAUCAUGACUGAAGAAAAGUCAUUCUCAACAGGGCGCCUUAGGGAGAUGUUCCAGGAAAGUGAAUCCACAGCACCCAAGACACAGCCUACCGAUUCUCAGGACUAUAGUACGGUGGACAAAACAUUCCCUGUUUACCAGAAGGAACCUCUGGCUGCACAAAUCAUCCAAGCUGGUGAGAAAAUAGAUAGUUCUACACCAGAGCAUCAAGAAUCUUCUGGUGCUCCAUACACCUAUGAUGAGAAAUUAAGUGCUUCUGCACCAGCCAGAGCAGAUAUUCAUGAUGAUCACAGUGCAGACGAGCCUUAUAAAAAAUACACUGCCGAUGAUCAGAAAGUGGCUCCAUCUCUAUCAAGCAAAGAACCAGCAUCCCAAGUGCAACCUCUCGCUGCACCAUUUGAAAGAGCAGUCCCUGAUGUAGAUUCUCCUAGCAAACAAUUCACCAUUGAUCAGUGGCAACGUGUGUCUGCUCCAUUACAUGGUGUAAGUGCUGAUUCUGCUCCAAAACAGAUGCACGAACAAAUUACUGCUGCUCAUCCUGCUUCAGCAUCUACCAUUAGAACAACUCCUGAUGGUCAUGAAGCAGGUGGUUCAAAGCUGGUCAGGACACCUGAGGACCAAAUAUUAGAGGCUUCAAAAGCUACACAAGAUCCAGACACAAUCCAUGAAAAUGUUCAUGAUGCGGCUAUUGAUGAAAAUACAGCAACAUAUGUACAUGAUCGACAGGCACAUCCACCUGCAUCAACUCAAGCACAGCCAACUGUUGAAACUCCUCGCGACUACGAUUCAUCCCAAUAUAAACAGAAAUCCACUCCAUCAGAUAAAGGAUCAUCUCGUGUUGCACAACCUCUUUCCUCUGUUGAACCAAUAAAGGAAGACAUUAAUGUUUCUGCAACUGAUUACGCUAGUGCGCCGCAAAUGAUUUUUCGGCAACAAGUCAGACCAUCUGCACCAAGUACAAUAGGAAUUCCAGCCUCAGAUACCCAGGGUGUUAUAUGGAAAAUCCAGGAGGUAACUCCUGAUAACCGCCACACUGAUGAUUCAGAACAAGUUGCAGAUGCAUCACAAGCAAUCCCUGGUCAAGAAGAAAUGACAUCUCCGCCAGGCGCAACAGUUUUUUCGACCUCAGAUGCACGGCUUGCCUCAGCAGAAAUUCAGGAAGUCAUUCCUGAUGAUAAACAGGCUGUUGAGUCCAUUGCUCCAUUGUUUUCUAACGGAAAUCAAAGUUCUCACGUUGAAUCUGCUUUUGGACCAAGUGAAGUAGGUCCUCCAGAAAAGAAAUUUGCCCCAUCAGAUCAAGAAUUACCUCAUUCUGCAGAACAGCCUAACUCCGGUAAGCCAAGGAAAGAACAAACUGUUAUUCCCACUGCUGAACAAAUCAAGCAACAGCCAACUGUCAUUGGUCAAAAAGACACACCAGACACAAGAGAGGCUCUGACAUCAGAAGAUGUGCUUGAUACUACACCUACCCAUGGCGACGUUCACCCUACUGGUAGCAUUGAACCAGACAGAAGACCUUUAUCAAUUCAAGGGGAAGAAACUCAAGAACCACGACCUCGUGUAGCUAAAGACUCCCUAGACACUGAAGAUAUAUCUCCAGAUGCAUUAGGAAAUGUUCAAUCCUUGAAACCAUCAACAACUCCAGGUGCUCUUUGUAUCACAACUGGUAGUACACCUGGUGAUGUAGCUUUGGCUGAACAGACAUCUUCCACAUCAGGUCAAGAUUCUGCCGAUCCUGCAGAACCAGCCUUCCCUCUUGGUCCAAGGAACAAAGAGAUUAGAGAUUCAACUCCUUCAGGACUACUAAUUUCCUCUACCGACCCAAGUAAAAGAGAUGCUAUUGUUGCUGUACCUGAUCAAGCCAAGGACUUGCAAACAACUCCCAGUGGACAGGACAUAUUGUCCACCCAGCGUCCUUCAGGGAAGGUUCAGGAAACUAUACCUGGUGAUGACUCAAGCAACAAUGAGCCUUUGAGACCAUCCUCUGCUGUUCGAGAAGGCGAACCCUCCAAAGUGGUCCCAGCAUCAGUUGCAGGUCAAGAUUCUGCUUAUCCGGCACAGCCUCCUUCCUCUGCUGAGGCAAGGAGCAAAGAGAUUGGAGUUUUAGCUCCUUCUGCACAACUAAAUGCCACUAACGAGACAAGAAAUAGAGAUGAUAUUGUUGCUGCACCUGGUCAAGCCGAGGACUCUGAACCAACUCCUGGGCAACAAGUCAAAUUAUCUGCACCAUCCUCUUAUACCCAGCGUCCUUCAGGGACACUUGAGGAAGAUGAACCUGCUGAUAAUCCAGGUGAGGCAAAGUCUUCCAAACCACGCUCUAUUGCUCAAGAAGGCAAGGCAUCUACAGCAGUCCCAGUAUCAGCUCCAGACACACAAUAUGGUGCUGCGCCAAAUCAAGUAGCAGUUGAUGAGCAAAAGUUUGCUCUGUCAGGUAGCCAAGAUUCUGUCCAUACAACAUUACCGGCUCCAGCUCCAAGUACACAAUAUGGUACAGAACUACAUAAAGCAGGUGAUGAACAAAAGUUUGCUUCAUCAGGUCAAGAUUCUGUUCGUUCUGUACAGCCAGCUUUCUCUACUGAUGAACAAACAAAAGAAGACACUGUUGUUACUGCAACAGAUCAAACCAGCGCACUGGAAAAAAUAAUUGAUCAAAAAGAUACGAUACCCACUCCAGACAAAGCAAAAGCUCCCUUCUCGGGUACUCCUGAUGCUUCAAGGGAAACUCAGAAGAGUACUGACGAUGAUUACAUUGAUGAGAAACAUCCAGACCAGGGGCGAAUUUCUCCUUAUAGACAUGUUUCUGAGCCACCCGAAGGACCUACCCCUGAAGUGCACAGUGAUGUUGUCAUUAAGGAGACAACACUUGUAUCUAGUCAAGCAGAAACUUCAAAGACUAGACCUGAUUCAACACCAAUCAGCGGUGAUGUGCUAGCAGCAAGUUCUUUGCCAGAAACACAGGAUCUGCAGGGCUUUUCAUAUGCCCGGAAUGUACCCGCUGAUUCCUUGCAAAAUAUCGAGUCACCAGGACACCUCUCAUCUGAUCAGGCAUUGGCACCUAUAAUGAGCCCAUCUGUACCUUCAGUUGCUCCCCUAGGUACCGCACCAAGUACAAAUUCAGUCCAGCCACCAAGGAAAGCUUCUAUGGCAUCUACAGUGGACCUAGAAUCUGUUCCAGACACCCAACAUGGUAUCCCACGAGGGGAAGCCACCCCAGCUGAACAGAAAUAUGCUGUAUCUGAUCAAGAGCUGCCACAUACUUCAGAACUGCCUUCUGCUGCUAAAACCAGGAAAGAAGAGGCAAAUGCUUCUACGGGUGAUCAACCAAAUGUACCACAAAGUCCAGAAACUGUUCGACAUCAAGUCAAGGCACCAUCAUCAGAUGCAAGAGAAACUUUACGGAAAGAUCAGCAACCCUCUGGUGCUGUGCUUCCUGAACAAAUCACUCAUGCUGUACUUCCUUCUGACUUACGUGACCGACCUACUCCUGAAGUGGGCCGUACUGUUGUUGAUAAGGAGACAACUCUUCUGUCAAGCCAAGCACAAACUUCAGCCGCUGAGCCUGACUCAACACCAUUCAGUGGUGAUGUGUCGCCCACAGGUUCUCUACAGAAUCAAGAUGCACAACCUCCUGUAGCAACUCAAGCACCAGCUACUCAGUCUCUACAAGGUUCUGCACCCACUCAUGAUGAUUCAUUAGGAAAAUUCGAGUCACCAAGACAAGCCUCGACUGAUCAAGUCAUGGCACCUGUGAGUGACUCAGUGGCACCUUUGGAUGCUUCACAAGUUACUGAAACAGGUCAAGAUUCUGCUGAGUCUAUACAACCCACUUUCUCUUCUGAGCCAACCAAGGAUGUGGAGACAGCAACUCACCAACAAGCCAUAGCACCUCCUCCUGACUCAGCUAAAACUCCAUUCCCAGGAACUCAGGAUGCAUUAAGAAAAAUUCAAGAAAGUACUCCUGAUAAUGGUCGCAUCAAUGAACCUUUUCCAAGCCAAGAGCACAUGCUUCUUGGGGGGAGCGUUGCUCAACUGCGUGAAGGACAGAUUACUGAUCCAUAUGGAACCAAUGUUAAUGGAAAGACUGACACAUCUUUAUCUAGCCAAGCAAGUAGUGCAGACUCUGGGUCUGAUUUGGCACCUACCCACACUGAUGUUCACCCUUCAGUUGAAGGAACAGCUGGAAUUUAUUUUGCUGUGCCUGGAGCACAGAAGCAGCUCCCUGCGGCAGCACAAGAUGAUUCCCUUGAUUCCUCCAGUAAAACUAAAUCAAUUGGUCAAGAAUCCAUGGCACCGACAAGGGACCUAGCAUCUUCUCCGGACAUUCAGCCUGAUUCCUCACGAACACAACAUGAAGCUGCCCCAGCUGGACAAAAGUUUGCUGUAUCAGAUCAAGGAUUUUCCAGUGCUUCAAAAUCACCUUCCUUUGCUGAACCAAGGAAAGAAGAUACAAAUGGUGUCACUGCUGAUCAAAUAAGUGUACCACAGACAACUGCUGCCCAUAAGGUCCCAAGUGCAACAUCAGAUGCUAGAGAAUCUUUAUGGAAGGAUCAGGAAUCCUCUCGUGGUGGUGAUUAUACCAGCAAUUCAGCAAAUAAACUUGUUGUCAGUGAAGGAAAAGCCUCUCAUGCUGGACAUGCUUCUGAAGGACCUAAUUCUGAAGUGAGCAGUGCUUUAGUUGAUAAGAAGAUGACACUUCAAUCUAGCCAAGCACAAACUUCAAGCACUGGACCUGAAUCAAUGCCAAUUAGUGGUGAUACUCACCUUAGCAGUGCUGAUGUGCCAGCUACAAGUUCUUUACAGAAUGAAGAGGUACCUGAUGUACCAACUACUCCGGUUCCACUAGGUUCUGCAUCCACCCAGAAUAUACCUGAUGAUUCAUUGGAAGAAAUCAGGUCACCAAGACAACCCUCAACUGAUCAAGUCAUAUCACCUAUAACUAGCUCAGCAGAACUUUCAGAUGCUCCACAAGGUACUGAACCAGAUCAGGUAUCUGCUCAUGCUUCAGAACCACCUUUCUCUGCUGAACCAAGUAACGAGGCCUCUCAUGCUGCUCGUGCUCCCGAAUCACACAAAGGGACUACUCCUCAAGUGCGUAGUCCUGUGGUUGAUGCAAAGACAACACUUUCAUCUAGGCAAGUGCAAACUGCAAAUGCUGGACCUGAUUCAACACCAAUCAGUGGUGAUGUGCCAGACAGAAGUUCUCUACACAAUCAAGAGGCACAACUUUCUGCAGCAACUCAAGUGCCAACUGUUCAGGCUCAAGGUUCUGCAUCCAUCAAGAAUGAACCUGCUGAUUCCUUAUUAGGAGAUAUCAAGUCACGGAGACAAUUGCCAACUGAUGAAGUUGUGGUGCCUAUAACAAGCUUCGCAGCACCUUCAGAUUCUUCACGAGGCACUGAACCAGGUACAAAUGCAGUUCAGCCUUCAGAAGAAGCUUCAUUUGAUUUUUCGAGUGAUGAGAAACCCACUACGACUCAAGGUGAUCAAGCUAAAACCCUACCAAGGGUUGAUCUCCCAACCAGUCAAGUAGUUGAGCAAUCUGAAAGUGAAGACUCCCAAGAGAUCUUGAAAGGGGCAUCAGCCAAUGAAAAUCCCAAGACGCAACAGCAAAUUCAGCAGUUCAACACUCCAUCGUUUAAAGAGAACAACGAAGAAGCUGACGAACCAGGGAACCAACAACCGAGUGAGCAAGCUAUUGUUGACUCACCAGAGGGCAAUAAGAACCAAGCUGAACAAACUAAACCACGUGGCACUGAAACUGGUGGGCCAGAAGACAUGGAGGCCUCAGAAAAUACCAAUCAGAAGAACAACAGAAUAUCUCAAGUGGAAACUUCAGAUCAUUCAGGAAAAGAAGCCUCAGGAGUUCAGCGGCUGGGUGAGAACACAAAAGAUGUUCCCAACUCAACCGAGGAUGUACCAGGUGAUGUCGACCCAUUUAGUAAAUCCAAGGAAAGCUCAAGGUCUUCAGAAGAACCCAAGGUGCAGCCACAGUCUGUGAACAAGACCAGUGAAACUUUGUCACCAAGCUCAGAAACCGGGCAACCUAGAGAAGGAGACCUUCCAGCAAAUAGCUACCAGAACGACGGUAGACAAUCUCAGGCAGAAGCUUCAGAUAAAUCUGACGAACAAUCUUAUCCUGGUAUUCAGAACAAGGACAGGGGCUCGGGCAGAUCGGAUGACUCAGCCGAUCCAACCAAGCCUGGCGACACGGAAGAUUAAGCCCCAGUAAACCACGGCGCAAUGGCUCGUCGACCAACACAUUAUUUUGGAAUCCAUUACUGAACAAAGGCCAAGCGCGACUGCAAGAGCAGGCAUUUUACGAAUUCAUCUGUUCUAAAAUUUAUCUUAGCUUCUUUCCUUAUUAUCAUCAAAUAAGGUCAACUCAGGUGCCAUCCUUUGGGUUGAUGUCAUUUUACAUGUAUAUGUUCUUUUGCUGUGCCUGUCCAAGCACAUUUUUACCUUGUUUUUGCGAACAGUGACUACUGUGAGAAU